CGCCAGCCCGCCCCGCCGCGGCCACAGGCACAUGCUCGCGAUCACAUGGAGAGUGAAAGCGCAGACUCACCAUGAAAACCAGCCCCCGGCGGCCACUGAUUCUCAAAAGACGGAGGCUGCCCCUUCCUGUCCAGAAUGCCCCAGCAGAGGCAGCAAAGGAGGAGCCCAAGGGGCCCCCUGCCCGACAGGAGGACCCCCCUCCUGCGGGAGCCCCGGCCUCCGCGGGGUCAACAGAGUCCAGCUCCUGCAAGUUCCCAGCGGGAAUUAAGAUCAUUAACCACCCCACCAUGCCCAACACGCAAGUGGUGGCCGUCCCCAGCAACGCCGACGUGCAGAGUAUCAUCACCGCUCUGACGGCCAAGGGAAAGGAGAGCGGCAGCAGCGGGCCCAACAAAUUCAUCCUCAUCAGCUGCGGGCGGGCGCCCCAGCCUCAGGCCCGAGCCCAGGGUGACCCCAGGAGGACAGACGGCGGGCCCCAGACAGCCGACCCGAAGCCUGCUGCCAGGAACGUAAACGCAAGCCAGUCGCCCACAGCCGCUCCGAGGCUGGGGGCCGAGAGCUGUGCUGGCGGUGAGGCGGCGGGCUGCGUUCUGGACAGCAGCCUGACCAACAUCCAGUGGCUUGGGAAAAUGAGCUCGGAUGGGCUGGGCCCCUGUGACGUGAAGCAAGAGGCGGAGGACAAGGAGAACUUCCCGCCGGAGCAGAAUCACAUCAAGGUGGAGGAGCCGUCGGGAGCGCCGGCAUCCUGGCAGGACUCUGUGUCUGAACGGCCACCCUACUCCUACAUGGCUAUGAUCCAAUUCGCCAUCAACAGCACCGAGCGGAAGCGCAUGACCUUGAAGGACAUCUACACUUGGAUCGAGGACCACUUCCCCUACUUCAAGCACAUUGCCAAGCCGGGCUGGAAGAAUUCUAUCCGGCACAACCUCUCCCUCCACGACAUGUUUGUCCGGGAGACGUCAGGCAAUGGCAAGGUCUCUUUCUGGACCAUUCACCCCAGUGCCAACCGCUACCUGACGCUGGACCAGGUGUUCAAGCCAGUGGACGCGGGAUCUCCACCGUCACCGCGGGCCCUGGAGUCACAGCAGAAGCGGCCCACCCCGGAGCUCCGCCGCAACACCGUCAUCAACGCCGAACUCCCGCUGGGCGCACGGCGGAAGAUGAAGCCGCUGCUGCCACGCGUCAGCUCCUACCUGGUCCCCAUCCAGUUCCCCGUGAGCCAGCCGCUGGUGCUGCAGCCCUCGGCCAAGGCGCCCCUGCCCCUGGCGGCCUCGCUCGUGGGCUCGGAGCUGGCUCACCACGGCAAGCGCGUGCGCAUCGCCCCCAAGGGUCUGCUGACCGACGAAGGCGUCGCCCCUCUGCCCGCGGCCGGCCCCGUGAAGGAGGAGCCCCUGCUUGGGGAGGGAUCGCUGCUGCCCUUGCUGCCCGUCCGGUCCAUCAAGGAGGAGGAGAGCCAGCCCGAGGACGACGCGGCCCUCCCCACGAGACCCAUCAAGGUGGAGAGCCCCCCGCUGGAGGAGUGCCCCUCCCCCUGCCUGUCCCCCCGCGAGGACUCGUCCUGCUCCCCCACGCCGCGCCGCCGGAAGCCCUGCGGCGGCCUCUGCUCCCCAGCCCGCUGCGUGUCCGAGAUGCUGCUCCUGCAGCGCAGGGAGCGCAGGGAGAUGAGCCGCUCGCGCAGGAAGCAGCACCUGCGCCCGCCCCGCCUGGACGAGCCCGAGCUGCUGCUCUCCGACGCCCCGCUCCUGGCCGACGCCUCCGAGCCCGAGGAAGGCGGGCCCUUCAAGACGCCCGUCAAGGACACGCUGCCCGCCUCCUCCACCCCCAGCAAGUCCGUCCUGCCCAGAACCCCCGAGUCCUGGAGGCUCACCCCCCCGGCCAAAGUGGGGCCCCUAGACUUCAGCCCGGUGCGCGCGCCGCCCGGGGCCUUCACGCUGCCCGAGCCGCUCACGCUGCCCGGGCUCAGCACCACGCCGCUCAAGAAUGUACCCCUGUUCGACUCCCCCCGGGAGCUGCUCAAUGCUGAGCCCUUCCACCUCAGCUCCGACCCCUUCGGGAGCUCCUGCCCCUCCGACCUUGAGGCCCCCAAGCCGGGCUCCCCGGACCCGCAGGGCCCCGGCCCGUCGGCCAACCGGUCCCUCACGGAAGGCCUGGUCCUGGACACCAUGAACGACAGCCUGAGCAAGAUCCUGCUGGACAUCAGCUUCCCCGGCCUGGAGGACGACCCGCUGGGCCCCGACAGCAUCAACUGGUCUCAGUUCAUCCCCGAGCUGCGGUAGAGGCUGGGCCUCCGCCGCCGGGCCUCCGGGCUGGGCGCGCGCAUGUGCGUGUGCAACCCCGGGCCUCUGCCGGGAGCAAGGCGGGCACGAGCCACGUCGCACACCCAGGCGGUGGCCGCUGCGGGCAGCAGCGCCUGCCCGGAGAACCUUCACGGCUCUGCGCCCCCCAGCCCCCCCCCCCCGCCCCACGCUUUGUGGGGUGCCUCCUGUCAAUGGUGUAAAUCCUCCAGAUCCUCCUCUAGUUACACACGGGAGCUCAUCCUGGGGAUCAUUACCCACAGGCUGCUGGGAGGAGGAAGGGGGGCAUCUGCUGGGUACAGGGUGCUCAGGCCUGAGGCACCCCAGGGUGGGGGGGCUCCCUGCUUUUUGGGGUUCCCCUCCCCUGUCCUCCCUCCCCAGGCCAGGUAACGGGAUCUCUGGUACUGGGUGAAGAGUUGAAUUUGGGGGUGAGGGGACCCAGAUCCCCCCCACCACGUGUCUCUCCGAUCAUGCCCCUGAUGGUGCCAGGGAGACCCAGCACUGAAGAGAAGGCGGCCGGAGGUGGGA